GAUCACGUAAUUAUGACAGUCAAGAAGAGCAAACGCUAAUAAGCAUUUAUCAAAAGUCCUUUGUGCUGGUGACCUGAAGAUCAAAACGGUGACUUAGGAGGUUUUUAGAUCGUCAAUCCUCCAAUAAGUGCAAGUGAAUCAACAAAAGUGAGAUAAUCCAGGCAAUAAAUAAAACUAAAAGAAACUAAGAAGGAAAGUUAAAAUCAGUCUUCUAACGGCAGUAAAUACUCAGCAAAGAAGGAUGUGUCUGAUACACGUCCCUGCUUUCGCGUAAAGCUAAAUGAUUCUAGUUAUAUUGGCACUGUUCCACUGAAAACGUGACUCGCAUCAAAUUGUCUUUGAACGCUUUAAAAAAGAGAAAACAGACCAACAGCAAAGUAAUGAGGAACGUUUUGGUCGUAUCCUCGUUUAUUUUAUUCGUAUUCACUGGUGAACACUGCGUGAGACCAUUAAAAGGUUUCAACAAAGCUUUGGUUUACACUGACGCUCGAAAUAAGACUACGACUCUGAUUGAUUUAACUGGUGGCUCAUUAACUUCUGAAGUGUUACUCUAUCACUUUGGAAUUCAGCAACCAGCUUCGAUCGAUUACGUUCCCCAUGAGGACAGAGUGUAUUGGUCCGAUAUUCUACAGGGUAUGAUCCUUAGUGCCUUUUCUAAUGGCACUUCUCUGAAGAUUCUGUUCAGUUGUGAUGUAAUACGCCCGCUUGGCAUGGCAAUUGACAAGGCUGGAAGAAAUCUCUACUGGACAGAUUCGGGAACUAAAAGAAUCGAGGUUGGUCGAGUUGAUGGAACCAAGAGGAAAGUGUUGAUUACAGAUGGCGUUGACACACCGAUAGCAAUAAUUCUUGACAUUCGACGCGGGCUUCUGUAUUGGACUGAUGUAGGGAAGAAUCCGAAAAUUGAACAAGCUGCCAUGGACGGCACAGCCAGACGAAUCAUUGUGAACGAAAACUUAGGCGCACCUAAUGGGUUGACUAUGGACCACUCUUCCAACCGUUUAUAUUGGAUAGACGCCAAACUAGACAGGAUUGAGGAAUUCGACCUAAAGAAUAGAAACAGAAGAGUCAUUCUUUCCUUUACAACUGAUGUAUCUCCUUUUGGGCUGGCAAUGAACCGAGACUGGUUAUACUGGUCAGACUGGAAAACAAAAACGAUCUCACGUGUUUCAACAAGUAGAGGGAAAAAGGAAAUUCUUGCCUAUGGACUAAAAAUACCAAUGGAUCUUUUCGUUUAUGACGCAGCCGCUUCAUCUCCUGAUCGCAGCCCUUGCAGUGUUCGCAAUGGACUCUGCAGUGAUUUCUGCCUCUUGAACCCUACUGGGUACAAGUGCGCAUGUCCAACAGGUGUUUCUCUUCUUCCCGAUGGAAAGAACUGUGACUAUGAAUCUUUCCAUAAGUCAAGCUCCGACAAAUUUCUUCUUUUCACUGGUUCUUAUUCUGGUAAAAUUUACAAGAUUCCUCUGGCAGUACCUGGCAGACCAUGCAACGCUUUGCAAAUUGAGAGUAAAAUCGUGUAUCCGAUCGCUAUUGAUUAUGAUCCAGCUGAAAGCAAGGUUUACUGGACAGACGGUCGAUUGAAAGCAAUCGUUAGGGCGUUCCUUAAUGGAUCAUCUGUAGAAGUUAUAGUCCAACAGAAUGUACAAAUUCCUGACGGGUUAGCCAUUGAUUGGAUUGGAAGAAACAUGUACUGGUCAGACGCUGGCACAGAAAGAAUCGAAGUUUCGAGAUUGGAUGGAUCAUCUAGGAGAGGUCUCAUCACAACAAACAUUGAGAAACCAAGAUCGAUCGCCCUCGAUAUAGCAGGAAGCAUCAUGUUUUGGACUGACUGGGGAUCAUCACCGAAGAUAGAACGAGCGAACAUGGAUGGUACUGCACGAAAAGUGCUUGUAAGCUCUAGAAUAGUUUGGAUAAACGCAAUUUCCCUCGAUCUAAAAAACAAAGUUCUCUACUGGUGUGAUGCCAGGUUGGAUAGGAUAGAAAAGAUAGAUUUUCAAGGAAACAAUCGGAAAGUUGUAUUUUUGCUUUACAACCCUGUUGGCGGCGGGUUCUUUCACCAAUUUGGGCUCGCUGUUCAUGACGACAUUCUGUAUUGGACAGACUGGGUGCGAAAAAGCGUCAUCGAGUACAAUACCAAACCUGGUCGAUUUGAUAAGGAAUGGAAAGGAAUAACAAGGCCCAUGGGUUUGCGCCUCUACGAUUCCCAGAAGCUGUUUAAAGGGCCAAACAGUUGUUCAAACCUAAAUGGAGGAUGUAGUAACCUGUGUCUUCAGAAUCCCCAUGGCUACCGAUGUUUCUGUCCAGAAGGCGUUUCAUUCAUUCCUGGAAAUUCUCACAUUUGUCAAGGCGCUGUCAAGUGUCCAUCACUAUCAGCGCCACCCAAUGGCAUCCUACAAGGAUGUGAAGGGAAUACAAAAGGGGAUUACCUGACGACCUGCCGGUUCUCCUGCUCUGUUGGAUAUAUCGCCUCAGGCUCCGAAGUGAGGAUAUGUUUAAGGAAUAGUAGCUGGAGUGGAGAAGACUUUUCAUGUCGAGCUAUAAGAUGUCCGCAUUUAAGCGUGCCAUCAAACGCUGUACUCCUGUCUCCCUCCUGUGGCAAUUUAUAUGGAGCAAAUUGUGUAUUUGGAUGUCAGUAUGGAUAUGCCAGUAACAGUGGAAACGUCACUCGAACAUGUUCUCAGUCCGGUAACUGGAAUGAAAGCCCUAUCAAAUGUAAAGAUGUACUUCCCCCCUCGUUCGGUGACUCAUGCCCCAUGGAAUCGCUUCUAGUACACACUGAAAGCGGGCAGUUUUCAGCUGUUGUGACCUGGACAGUCCCUGUUGCCACUGACAACUCUGGAAUUCCACCUAAAGUCACUUCAAAUUUCAUGGAUCCACCACACAGGAUGGCAGAAGGCACUCACGUGGUUAUCUAUACAGCAGCUGACAUGUCGGAAAACAAAAAGCUUUGCAGUAUUACUAUUAAAGUUGUGGUGAUUUAUUGUCCUUCGCUGACUGUCCAGUCUGGAGGUCCUCUGCGCAUGGGUAGUUGUGGCAGCCAUAAUGGAGCCGAGUGCCUUUUUUCUUGUGCGAUUGGCUAUCGCUUGAAUGGUUCAUCAGUCACCAGGUGCAUUGCCCAUGGAAAUAGACCUCCAGGUUCUUGGAGCCAUCUUUUGCCAUCUUGCGAAGUUAUUAGAUGUCAGUCUCUUCCCUCUCCGCUAAACGGUGGCAAAACUGGUUGUUCAAACCACAUUGCAGAGUUUUACGGUGUACGAUGCAGUUUCUUUUGUAAUAUUGGCUACUAUCUUACUGGUUCUUCAGUGAGGUACUGUAUGGAGAACGGAACUUGGAGUGGACAAACCUCUACAUGUAAAGCUAUUGAAUGCGAUGCACUUGUUCCUCCACCGUUCGGCGCCCUGUCGCCAGCCUCAUGCCUCACUAAGAGUGGGUUUAGUCAGGAAUGCAUCUUUACGUGCCAGGAUGGUUAUACUCUGGAGGGGACGUCAACUCGAGUGUGUGCCAACGGUGGAAAUUGGACUGGGGAAAACAAUACAAUAUGUAAAGAUCUUUCUCCCCCGACGUUUCAUGGCACAUGCCCCAGUGAAAUGGUAUUUUACACUGAUUCAUGUGACGACAGUGCUGUAGUGUCAUGGAGUGAUCCAGUAGCUACUGAUAACUCGGGAACUACCGUUAUGACGUAUCCUCCAGUUCGACCCCCCGUCAAUCUUACAGUCGGGUUGUAUGAGAUAUCCUACACGGCGACGGAUAAGAGCGGUAACACUGCAAACUGCAGCUUCGUUGUCCAGGUGACAAGAAUUUCCUGUCACGAUUUUGAUCCACCUCUCCAUGGAAGUAUAACUUCACUUUCGUGUGGAUCAUAUUUUGGUUCCCAGGCCACUUUCUCAUGUGACAUGGGAUAUCAGCUAGAUGGAUCUCAUUCACGCACAUGCCAUUCAAACGGCACGUGGUCUGGAAACGAAGCAGUAUGCAACGUUGUAAGGUGCCCUUCUAUCAAAGCACCUGCCUACGGAGAUGUGAUUCCUGGCGUAUGUAAAUCCCUCCACGGCGCCCAAUAUGGAGACAGCUGCUUCUUCAUAUGCAAUCCUUCGAACGGCUACCAGCUGGAAGGUCCUCAAAAUGUUUUCUGUCAACAUAAUGGUUCUUGGAGCACAGACACCGAAAUGUCAUUUUGCAAAGAUGUUCAGCGCCCUCAGAUUCAGUGCCCCGCAAAUAUUGAAGUUGAGACAGAAAGUGGUCAAUCCUAUGCAACCGUAAACUGGACCAUUCCAGCUCCAACUGACAACUCUAAAGAAACUUUGAAAGCUAUUGGAUUGUAUCCCCCACGACAGUUUGAAGCGGGCCGGACGGAAAUCACAUACGACGUAACGGAUUCAGCAGGGCUCACUUCAAGCUGCAAGUUUAGAGUUAACGUCAAAGAUACGGAACCACCACGAUUUCGUCAUUGCCCUGGUAAUAUGCAGAUAAUUUCCGGAAAGCAAUGGAAUAAGGUCGUGUUGCCGCCAAGUUACCAUACAGAUAACGUUGGUGUCUCCGUUUUCAGUACAAGCAUUCGCAACGGAAGUGAGCUACCGUGGGGUCAGUACAGCAUAACUUACGCUGCCUCGGACAAGGCAGGAAAUACGGGGAAUUGUACCUUUCAUAUCAGCAUAGCUGGUUCUCAAUGCGAAGAUCUGGAACCACCUUUGAAUGGCGCGAAGGCUUGCGAAACGUGGCUUGUUGGAAUGCACUGCACUGUGCACUGUAACAAAGGCUAUAGUUUUGCCGCUGACCCACAGAAGUUGUACUUCUGCUCUCCAAAAGGACAGUGGUUCAAUGUUAAAGUGAAUGGAGAGGAAAAACCUGCUCUUCCUGAUUGUUCCGAGGAGCUCAAUCCAAAGGAUGCUCUAGUGAAUGGGCAGAUCCAUUAUCUCACAGAAGAGUGCGGUGGUGAGGAAAGUAACCGAAUGGUGGCUAGGAAUUUCAUAAGUCUAUUUAAACAGCAUCCUUUCGGCUAUGGAGGAUGUGUUUCCAACGAGAAAUGCACGAUUGAAAAUGUCAGGGUUGAAUGUGGAUCAAGGACGCGCCAAAGAAGAGAAUCUCUUGACCUGCGACCAAAAUCUAAAUUGUAUUUUCAAGUAACCUUUACCAUUAAAGUACCACUGGAAACUAACUCCUCUCGUGAUUUGAACAAAACUUCACAGGAGUUAUCGCAGGCCAUUGCUGCAGGCUUAAAUGAAACGAAGCUCGAUUUAGACAUAGGCAACAAGACUCUACAGGUUGACAAAUCAGUACCUCCAGUUAUCACCAUCGCUGGCUUUGCUUGUGACAAAGGACAAGUGAAAAGAAAGAAUCGGUGUGUAAGCUGUCCAACUGGCUAUUUCCAUAAUGCCAGCGCACUGUCGUGCCAGAUUUGUCCUGUGGAUCAUUACCAAAAUAAGGAAGCCCAGUCCUCAUGUAUUUCCUGCCCCAGUGGAAUGUUCACUCGAGGGAAAGAAGGAUCAAAACUGCGUGAUGAUUGUCGAGCCUGUCCCAAACUGGGAAAACCAUUCAAGGGAUAUAAAAAUUGUUCCAUGGUUGGUGGAAGGGAUGUUUGCACAUUGACAUGCCGUGAGGGGCGCUCUUUCCACGCAGAGGCAGAAAACACAUUUGUUUGUGGUCCUGAUACAAAGGGGAGAUGGAAUGGACUAAAUAAAGUAAAACUACCCAAGUGCUCUACUGUCAUCUCACCAAGUCAAAUCAAACAUCGAUUUUCCCUGAAAUUCCCCAAUAUCCUAUGCCAGAAGAACCGAAACUUACAGCGACUACCCAUCUUAAUUCAGCGCAAGGUUUGGACAUCGCUUAGGAGUGUUCCAGGAUGCACUUUUGCAGAUGAAUGCGAGACUCGCGUCAUCAAAACACCUAGAUGUCACACUGUAAAUGAUGCCAUUGAGAUUCUGUUUUUGGUAUCAAUCAAAAGCAGCCAUUCGAGUCUAAAGGUGGCCAUAGAGGACACAAGCGAGGCUGUCGUGCUCCAGUUGAAGCUAGCUGUCACCACAGGGAAGUUUACGAUCAAUGUCGAUGGGAUUUACAUGACUGUGGAAAGGUCAUCACUCAAACAUCUUUCUAGCCAGUUUAAAUGUUCACCUGGAUCUGUGUUAAGCACCACCAAAAAGGGCUGUGUUGCCUGUCCUGUUGGGACGUUUUACGACAAGGAAACUCUCAAGUGCAAAGCCUGUGGCCCCGGCUCGUUCCAAGACCGAGAAGGACAGACCAGAUGUUUGUUUUACAGUGGGCAAGGAAAGAGAAAAUAGCUACUGACUGACUUUUAGUCAGACGAUUCUAAUGUGGAUAGUAGAGCUUUCGAUGUCAACAUUGAUAUUAGAUUUGACCAAAUUUAUCAUCAAAUCGUAGAUUUAAAAGGUCCAAAAAAUGAAAUUUAACGACACGUAAUGAUAUGGAUUUAAAACUAAGAUGUAGCGUAACUAUCGCUGGUAUUGUCGCUUAUGUUGUUUUAAGCUGCUCAAAGCUGUUGGUGUGUUGUUUGAGGAGACUGCUAGGCCGGUAGAAGUUUAAUACAUAUCAGAGAGUUUUCUUUUUUGAAAGAUACAGUUGAAAUGUUUAAGUCUGAAAUGUGACCUUGUUUGUAGAUUUCCUCACGCAAUAAAAUAGGGGACUCACUAUAGACAACGCGACGGAAAAUAACGAAUAACCCUUCGUCUCUUGUGGUAAGGUCCUAUAAGAGCUCUGUUGUUAUGAAAACUCGGUAGCACUGUGAUUCGCUAGUACAACUAGAGAAUAGUUGUUCGGGAGCGUGUUUUUAACGUUUGUAUAGACUUGAUUUAAAAACAUUCGUGAAAGUCUUGGGGAAGGCAUAGCAGCUUUAUGAAAACAGAACGAUUCUCAUUUUCGUGGUUUCUCUCGUUCCCGAAGCAUUAAAUAGCCGUUGUUGUAUUGGAUCACUGAUGCAUCAGAUAACAGAGAUCCAAAUUUCAAUAAAAGUUUAGUAAGUUUGG